AAAAAUAAACAAGCUAAGCUUGAAAUUGAAUCUCAUUGAUUUGAAAUAAUCUGUAGUUAUGUCUGGUUGAUCAUCAACGUUGGCUGGCUAACUUUCUGAUUCUGCUUGCCGUCCAAGGACUGAAGUGGAAAAAAACAGGGACGAAGAACUGUCAGUGUCAGAACACAUUCGGGAGAAAUAAAGAGAGGAUUUCCAUUGGGUUUGGCUGCCAGGUUGCGAGCGCGAUGGCGUCGGGCAGUGCGAGCAGCGAGGAGGAGCGGAGUCUGCGGGAAUGUGAGCUCUACGUGCAGAAACACAACAUCCAGCAGCUGCUGAAGGACUGCAUCAUCCAGCUGUGCACCUCAAGGCCCGACAGACCCAUGGCCUACCUCAAGGAGUACUUUGAGAGGCUGGAGAAGGAGGAAGCCAAGCAGAUCCUGCAACAGCAGAAGUCCAGCUCUCGCUCUGACUCCCGCGAGGACGAGGUGUCCCCUCCCAUGAUCCCCGUGGUGAAGGGGUGGCGGCGGCGUGGCGCCAUCAGUGCCGAGGUCUACACCGAGGAGGAUGCUGCCUCCUACGUCAGAAAGGUCAGGGGGGGUCAGCCCUCAGCCAAUCACACGUCGCUACAGGUCAUUCCUAAAGACUACAAGACCAUGGCCGCCCUGGCUAAAGCUAUUGAGAAGAAUGUGCUGUUUGCUCACCUGGACGACAACGAGAGAAGUGACAUUUUUGACGCCAUGUUUUCCGUGACCUACAUUGCCGGGGAGACGGUCAUCCAGCAAGGUGACGAGGGAGACAACUUCUACGUGAUCGACCAAGGAGAGAUGGAUGUGUAUGUAAACAAUGAGUGGGUGACCAAUAUUGGGGAAGGAGGCAGCUUUGGGGAACUAGCCCUGAUUUAUGGGACCCCCAGGGCCGCCACAGUUCGGGCCAAGAGCAACGUCAAGCUGUGGGGCAUCGACAGAGACAGUUACAGGAGAAUACUCAUGGGAAGCACUUUAAGGAAGCGCAAGAUGUAUGAGGAAUUCCUCAGCAAGGUGUCCAUUUUAGAGUCCCUGGACAAAUGGGAGAGGCUGACAGUAGCUGACGCCCUGGAGACGGUUCAGUUUGAGGACGGUCAGAAGAUUGUUGUGCAGGGAGAGCCUGGAGAUGAGUUCUUCAUCAUCCUGGAGGGUUCAGCAGCGGUCCUGCAGAGACGCUCUGAGAAUGAAGAGUUUGUGGAGGUGGGAAGGCUGGGGCCCUCCGACUAUUUUGGUGAGAUCGCGUUGUUGAUGAACCGCCCCCGUGCUGCCACCGUGGUCUCUAGAGGACCCCUGAAGUGUGUCAAGCUGGACCGACCGCGGUUUGAACGCGUCCUGGGGCCCUGCUCAGACAUUCUGAAGAGAAACAUCCAGCAGUACAACAGCUUUGUCUCCCUCUCUGUCUGAGACCCUCUGGUCCUUCAUCCCCCCCUCUCUGUCUGAGACCCUCUGGUCCUUCAU